CCCUCUGAAGGGUCGCUCCGGUCUGAGAUGGAGCUCCGUGUGUAGACGGACUCAUGACAACUGGGUGCACUUCUUUUACGCAUGUAGUUCUGUUGUGGAACUCUGGAAGAAGUUUGCAUGGCAACAAAUCCCUCAAUAUCUUUAGAAAGCAAGAAUGAAAAUAAGAUGUGCCCACUACACACAUAGAUUCAGGCACAGGUGUUUCCUGUUUUCUCUGUCUUUGCUGCUGGUGUGUCUGCUCAAGCUUGUCUACAUCAAAGUGACAGUGAGGGGAAGCAUCUACAUUGAGCCCUAUGAUGUCACAGUCGGUCUUUCGAGAAUCCAUACCCACAGAUAUGACAUCAACUGCACUGCAGUUUAUGAGCUUGACCCUGUGGAGAUAGGCAAGGCCCUUGAGUUAAAAGGGAAAGCUAUUGUCGAUGUGGAUGAUGAUAGCACUGUGAGUUUGACAACCGACUGUCCACCAUUUAUCAAAACAAGGGGGUACAAUAAUAUUCCUGUGUGGAAUGAAGAACGGAGCUUCCCCUUGGCUUAUUCCCUGGUGGUGCAUAAGAAUGCACCCAUGGUCGAACGGAUACUUCAUGCCAUCUAUGCACCUCAUAACAUUUACUGCAUUCACUAUGAUCAGAAGUCCUCUCCAGCCUUUAUAAAAGCCAUUCAAAAUUUGGCUCACUGUAUUCCAAACUUGUUCAUAGCCUCAAAGUUGGAGUCUGUGGAAUAUGCUCACAUCAGCCGGCUCAAUGCUGACCUCAACUGCCUUUCUGACCUGCUACGAUCAGAGGUCAAGUGGAAGUAUGUCAUCAACCUAUGUGGCCAAGACUUCCCUCUCAAGACAAACUAUGAGUUGGUGAUGGAGCUGAGGGAGCUGAAUGGCAGUAACAUGCUGGAGUCUAGCCGCCCCAGUGAACUCAAGAAACAGCGCUUCCGUUUCCGUCAUGAGCUCAAGAACGUGCCUUAUGAGUACCAUCGUAUUCCUGUCAAAACCACAGUGGCCAAAAGUGAACCUCCUCAUGGUAUCAAGAUGUUCAUUGGAAGUGCUUAUUUUGUCCUAUCAAGGGAUUUUGUGGAUUAUGUUAGCACCAGCAAAGUGACAAUGGACUUUCUGGCAUGGUCUACUGACACAUACUCACCAGAUGAACACUUCUGGGCCACUGUUGUCCGGAUCCCUGGUGUCCCUGGACAUAUUCCAAGGUCAGAACCAGAUAUUACAGACUUGAAGAGUAAGACUCGACUUGUAAAAUGGAACUAUUUGGAAGGAAAUUUGUACCCUCCUUGCACAGGAACACACAUGAGGAGUGUUUGUAUUUAUGGAGCUGCUGAACUCCGCUGGCUCCUGAACUAUGGCCACUGGUUUGCUAACAAAUUUGACCCAAAAGUAGAUCCAAUCCUUAUUAAGUGUUUGGAAGAGAAGUUGAUAGAAAAACGUUAUUAAAUCCAGAAUACCAAAGUGAAUAAUUUAUUUUUCAUUAGACUUGAUCCAAAAUUAGAGAUUUGUAAUAACAUUUGGCUAUGUGAGUAUAGUUAAAGGUAUUCACAUAGCCAUAGCCAAUAUUGUUUCACUAACGUUAGUUUUUGGUGUUAGUUGCCUGUAUUUCAACACUAAUAGUAGUUAGUCUUGGGUUAGAGUUAGGGUUUCAAUGCAGGUUUCCUUCCAAAUUAAUUUCAAAUCUUUUCAAAAUCUGAGUUUCCAUUCACUAUUGUGCAAAUAUUGCAAGAAUAUACAACAAAUCAUUAAUUUAAUCAUGAAGAUUAAUAAAUAUUCAUUAACAGAAUAAUAUAACAGCUGAUUAAUCAUACUCCUUGCUUAAAAUGUUUCACAUGAUAAUGUACUUCUAGAGCUGCUGAUGGAGGAGCUGAGCAAGAGACAUUUGUCAAAAACCUGAAGAAGGCUUUAAAUUUUGCCUCCUGAAGUUGAUUGCGUGUUUCAAGGACUUUUCUGCAGUUUGUCUAAGGCUUUGUUCAUGUAUCAAAACUAUUGUUUGCUAAACCUGGUCCCUCUGCCAUCAGAAAUUUUGCUCAGAGUUCCUACAUACACAGUGUAUUGUGGCUGUUAAUAUGGUUAGUAAUGGUGUUAGCUAGUGUCAACAAGCAACCAGGUCUUAGCGCACAACCAAAAUCAACACAGAAUUCACCUCUGAAUCAAAAUCUUUCAUAUUGAACCUUUAAAAUAUAGGCACUGACUGAUUAGGGAUGAAUAUCAUUAGGAUUUUAUUGAUACUACUAGCCUGCUCUUAUCAAUACUGCAUAUUGAUUCUGUAACAGUACUUUCACCAGGACUUUUUUCAGGUUGGAGUUAGGGUUACAAGUAAAAUAAAAACAGAUUUAUUUGAUUUGCUUUGUUUAAAAUUAAUUAUCAUAGAUUCUGAUUUGUGAUAGUAAUGUGAAACAAAUAUUAGAAAUAAUUAUUUACAGCAAAAGAAAGUCUUUCAGGGCAACACAGUGGUGCAGUGGAUAGCACUGUCACCUCUGCAUGGGUUCUGUGUGUGUACUACAGCAUCCCCACACCAUCUACAGACGGGCACUAAUAGGUUCAUUGGUUAAUCUAAAUUGCCCAUAUGUGUGAAUGUGAGUGAUUGGUUGUUCGUCUCUAUAUGUCAACCCUGUGAUGAACUGGUGACACAUCUAGGGUGCCCCCCACCUUCUUCCAAAUUGUAGCUGGAAUAGGUUCCGGCACCCCCACGAUCCCUUUCGACGAUUAAGCGGUUUAGAAGAUGAAUGGAAAGUCUUCCAUUCUCUCAUUCUUAAUCAUUUUUGAGAAUAAACUGAAUGCAGGACUUUUUUUCAUUAGUAUUUUGACAGUGUUGUAAUUUGCCUUCAGCCUCCAGAUCUCACAAUGUACCUGCUCUGUUUUCUGAGACUAUGAAUGACAGAUCAGAUUGUGCUCUGGUCAUUUCAGAUUGAUUUCUCAACAUAUCCAUAGUGAAAAAAUAGCUUUUUGCUGGUCACUUUUAAUCUCCAGGGUUAGGUCUUGGCUGCUAAUGUACAUUUAGCACACUGAAUAACACUAAAUGUAUGCUAGCAGCCUUUAAUACAUAACAAUCGCAGGGCAGAUCAACUAGCAUUACAUGCUGAACAAUCAAUAUGUGCAUUUCUUGUUUGUACUUGACAGACUUUCUCUGGGGUUUCGAAGAGAUCAGACAUUUUUCUGCCCAAAUAUGUGAAAAACUUGUUGCUCUGUGUCCACGAAUGAAGUUUCCACUUUCCUUUGUUGUUCUACGUGAUGACCGGGUGCUGUCUGUAGGAUGUCUGUGUGUGAGCUACAGUAACAGAGAUUGACCUGCCCAUUAGAGAUCCAAACCCAGGUCGCUCAUCAGGACCAAAAAUCUGAAAAAUGCAAAGACAAGUCUCACUGAAAAACAGAGGUAGUGAGGAAACUACAGGACAUCUGUCUUCGAAUUUUCUCUCUCCACUGUUGCUAUCAAAUUCAAUAACACUAUUACUACUUAUACUGCAGUCUUUAACUUUUUGGCCCCAGGACACUUUUAGGAUAUUUAACUUUUCCUAAUUAACCAAAUCAAAUCAAAUUUUAUUUAUACAGCGCCAAAUCAUAACAAAAGUUAUCUCAUGACACUUUACAUAUGGAGCUGGUCGAAACUAGACUCUCAAUUAAGACUCCCAAUUAAGUGGACACGCUGUGCUUUGUUUGAUUGUAACUGCAUGUUACACUUAAUUAGCAGAAAAUACCUUUUCAUAUCACUCCAGUGUGUGUUAUUCUUUGUUUUUCAGGAAAUUUUAUGGACCAAAAAGGGAUUUGGAUCAUUUAGGGAAUUACAUUUAAUCAUUACAUUUUUCUAAAAUGAGCUCUUCCAGAAAAUGCUUUCUUACGGCAAGUGCCACUUAAAGCCAGAUUCAUAUACUGUAUCAUCUUUGAUUCAUACUGAGCCUCGAAAUACCAGAAACUCCCUUAUUGUGUAUAAAUGACAUUAUCCAUAACAUUUCAUGUAGUAGCUUUUAAGAAGUUUAGAUGAAUGUGCAAUGUUGCGAUGUCUGAUAAACUAUUUAUUUAUUUCUAAA